AGAAAAUAUUCUUGCUCUACUUGCAUAAAGGGCCAUCGAUCGUCGAAAUGUACACAUAUUCAACGAGAGCUUUUUGAAAUCAAACCGAAGGGUAGACCGGUCAGCCAAUGUACCGGCUGUCGAGAACUUCGUAAAACUAAACGUGUGCAUAUCAAAUGUACCUGUAAAAACAAA